AAACGGAUCCAGUACCGUCUCCUCUAAUCUUCGUGUGCUCGGAUAGUCGCAGGAGAGAGCUACGAAGUACGAAGUAGAGACUGGUAGAAUAAGAAAUUCGAUUGUUCGGUUCGUUCCUGUUUCUCUGGCUAACCUAACUACUCCACUACUGCCCCGUAAAUCUCUUUAUCAUGUCUUGGUGCACUAUUGAGUCUGAUCCUGGUGUGUUUACGGAACUUAUACAGCAAAUGCAAGUAAAAGGUGUACAGGUUGAGGAGUUGUACUCACUGGACCUUGAUUCUCUUAACGAUCUUAGGCCUGUAUAUGGGUUGAUUUUCCUUUUCAAAUGGCGUCCAGGGGAAAAGGAUGACCGUCUUGUAAUUAAAGAUCCAAACCCUCACUUAUUUUUUGCCAGCCAGGUCAUUAAUAAUGCUUGUGCUACUCAAGCAAUUUUAUCUAUCCUCAUGAACUGUCCGGAUGUUGACAUUGGCCCGGAGUUGUCAACGCUGAAAGAUUUCACCAAAAAUUUUCCACCUGAACUCAAAGGUUUGGCAAUCAAUAACAGUGACGCUAUACGUGCAGCACAUAACAGUUUUGCAAGACCAGAGCCUUUUGUUCCUGAAGAGCAGAAGGCUGCUAGCAAAGAGGACGAUGUGUUCCAUUUUAUAAGUUAUUUACCAGUUGAUGGGGUGCUAUAUGAGCUUGAUGGAUUGAAGGAGGGACCAAUUAGCCUUGGUCAGUGCCCUGGUGGACAAGGUGAUUUGGAUUGGUUGCGCAUGGUGCAACCAAUCAUCCAGGAACGAAUAGAGAGGUAUUCCAAAAGCGAAAUAAGAUUCAAUCUCAUGGCUGUAAUCAAAAACAGAAAAGACAUGUAUACUGCUGAACUCAAGGAGCUCCAAAAGAAGAGGGAGCGUAUCUUGCAGCAGCUGGCUGCCAGCCAAUCUGAGAGAGUGGCAGAUAAUAGCAACAUAGAGGCGUUGAACAAAUCACUAUCAGAAGUGAAUGCCGGAAUUGAGGCUGCUACUGAGAAGAUUCUGAUGGAGGAGGAGAAGUUCAAGAAUUGGAGAACCGAAAACAUACGCCGGAAGCACAAUUAUAUACCCUUUUUGUUUAACUUCCUCAAGAUUCUUGCUGAGAAGAAGCAAUUGAAACCCCUUAUAGAGAAGGCAAAGCAAAAGCGUUUGGCUCAGGGUGAAAAAUGAUAUUUAAUAAAUUAUGACAUGCUUUAGAAACUGUUGGAUAUCUUUUUGUACUGAUAAACUUUCUUGCCAGUACUUUUUGGGUUGGUUUACUUUCUUCAAUGAUAAGCUAUUUCAUGUUGUUGUAGACA